ACCAAACGCACAAACGCUGAAAGUAGUGUCUUGAUCGACAUCGACGAGCGCCGAGUCUCGGGCACCAAUUUGUGACAGUCUUCCGCGCGUCUAUGUCUUCGCCCUGGAUCAUAUUUGUUAUUUUUUAUUGUUUGAACCAGUGAUUUUGGAUUCGUGAAGUUUGGAACGACGAAGUUUCGGGAUUUCCGAAGAUACGUGAGUCGUGUCAGCCUUUUUCUUUUCGUUUCUCUCUCUCGAUACUAUUUUCGCCGUCCAAAUAUCGGGGGCGAUUGCUCUUCCAAGUAUAACAACAUUUAUCGAAGAAAAUAAACGAAGAAAUGACUCUGCUGCCACCGACGUUGAAGCAACAGAUGAGAAUCGACGAGGAGUUGCCACCGAAUCCGGAAAUGAGGAAACGAGACAUUCAAGCACUACGCGAAUGGAUGGCGAAACAGCCUCAUUUACCCAAGCACAUGGACGACGGAAGAUUGGAGAAGUUUCUGUUCGGCUGUAAAAACAGCGUGGAAAGAUGCAAACAAGUGUUGGAAAGAUACUUCAGUGCGCGAUCAGCUCUGCCCGAAUUUUUUGCGAAUCGAGAUCCACUUUUACCGGACAUACAAACCUGCUGCGAAUCGAUACAGUACUUCGUGCUACCAUCUCUGACUGAGGAAGGCAAUCGGGUCACGGUAUUCAGACUCGUUGACAAGACAGUUGACAAGUUUUCUGUUCAGGCCAUAACCAGACGCAUGUUGAUGGUAAUGGACACGAGACUUGUCGAGGAAGCAGGAUUGUCGAACGUAAUGAUCAUCGAUCUCCAGGGUUUCACAGCAGCACAUUUUGCUAAAUGUAGCCCGACCCAAUCCUUCGUACGACGGGCCAUGCUGGCAACACAAGACAGCAUGCCAAUGCGUUUGUAUCGCGUUCACUAUAUUCACGUGCCACCUUUCAUCAACAACGUUCUCAAUGUAUUUUAUCCUCUUUUGAAGGAGAAAUUGAUACAGAAGUUUAGAUUACACACUGGUGGAGGCGAGGAAUUACAUGCUUACAUGGACAAGGACAUUUUGCCGAAGGAGUGGGGCGGCAAGGCUGGCACGUUCGAAGAACUCAACGACGCAUGGAAGAAAAAAAUCGAGAAGAAUCGCGAUUGGUAUCUUCGCGAGGAGAAGCUGAGUCGGACCGACGAGAAAGUGCGACUGCCAACUUCGGCUUCGGCUCUGGCAAAAGAGCUCAGCGGGCUGCAAGGAUCGUUUCGUAAGCUCAAUAUCGAUUAGAUGUAUUGAGCGAAAAACGUACUGGCCGAAAAAAAAGUUAUGUAAUUAUAUUGUAAGAGCUGCAGAGCUCGAGUUGCACAUGUGGUUGGGCUCAAAUCUCAUUAAGCACGUGGUUACGCAAGCCAAUCGUAAUCCUGUAAAAAAUAGUACUCAAGUCCUUUUUUAUCUUGUGUCUAUAAGUAUAUUUCAAGCGUAUAUGCCGCCUCUGUGUAUCCACGAGUCGUUUUUUAUUAAAGCCAGAACUCGGGAGGUAUCGAGAUUUUUACCGAAUGAGUUCUCCUCGAGACGGUCUACCAUCUGACGAGGAAAUCUCGAACCACGCAAACGUUCUCAACGAGAGCACGUGCUUCGAUCGAUUACUCCGAUACCCAUUUUUUAAUUACACGAAACAGCGUUUAUUAACGUUUAUUCAGUAGCCAAAAACACGGGGGGGUCAGUGACCAAGAGUCGCAUUGAAAAUUCAAGCUACCAUCGAGUGAAUGAAGUUCUGGCAACGCUUUUGACAUUAGACUAAUUAAUUUAAACUUCAAUUAGGAAUAUAUAUAAACUGAAAUUAUUACCUGGGUUGCAGGACGAGAACAACAAAACGAACGUGUACGAUUAGAUUUCGAUAUUAAAUAAAAAUGAAAUUUUUAUUUCUUACGAUAACUUACGAUAACUCGAGAUCAAUAAAAGGACAAAACGAUUGGGUGGUGAAUCGAAAA